GCCGCCGGCGCAGGCGGCUGUGAAGCGCUGAGCAGCACUGUCGGCCGCGGACAGCCCAGCCUCCCGGCUGGUCUUACCGCCACGGCGGCGGCGGCGACGAGGAAGAGGCGGCUGGAGAAGCGCGGAGCCCCGGCGGCAGCGGUGGAGGAGGAGGAGGAUAAGGGAGCGAGCAGGUUAAGCGGCGGCGGCAGACCAUGGCAGAGAACUUGCUGGACGGGCCGCCCAACGCUAAGCGGGCCAAGCUCAACUCGCCCGGUUUCUCCACCCCCGACACCACAGAUUUUGGAACUUUCUUUGAUUUGGAAAAUGAUCUUCCUGAUGAGCUGAUCCCUAAUGGAGAAUUUAAUCUUCUAAGCAGCAGCGGAAACCUUGUUCCAGAUGCAGCUUCCAAACACAAACAACUUUCCAAACUUUUGAGGGAAGGCAGUGGCUCCUCUGUCAACCCAGGAAUUGGAAACGUGAACUCCAGCAGCCCUGUCCCACAAGGUGUCAAUAGCCAAUCCCAGGGGCAACCAAACAGUGUGAAUAUUGGCAACUUGGGUGUGAUGGGCACAAGUCCCUUAAACCAGGGAGACACUGCUGCAUCAAGUCUGGCCAAGCAAGCAGCAAGCACACCUGGGCCCAGCACCCCAGCAACUCAAGCCCUGAACUCUCAAGCACAAAAACAAGUGGGGAUGGUGACAGGCAGCCCUGCAGCCUCCCAGGCAGGAGCUGGGAUUUGUAUGAACAGUGGUUUCAACCAAGCUCAUCCAGGUCUGCUAAAUAGUAACUCAGGCCACAAUUUAAUGAAUCAAGCCCAGCAAGGACAAGGACAGGUAAUGAAUGGAUCCAUUGGAACAGCUGGAAGAGGACGUGGUACCGGAAUACAGUAUUCUACACCCACCAUGCAGGGAAAUGCAAGCGCUGUGCUGGCAGAACCCUUGCCUCAAGUGUCUCCUCAAAUGACGGGUCACACGGGCAUGAAUACAGCCCAGGCAGGAGCCAUGGCAAAACUGGGAAUGGCCAGUAGCCCUAAUCCCUUUGGGCAGCCAUUUAGUCAAACUGGAGGGCAGCAGAUGGGAGCACCAAGUGUUAACUCUCCAGUACCAAAUAAACCAGGAAUGGCAAAUAGCUUGUCUCCCUUUCCUUCAGACAUCAAGAGUGUUUCAGUUACCACUGUGCCAAAUAUGUCUCAAAUGCAAACCCAGGUACAGCAAGUGGGAAUUGUACCUACACCAGCAAUGGCAACAGGGCCAACAGCUGAUCCUGAAAAGCGCAAACUAAUUCAGCAGCAAUUGGUUCUCCUGCUUCAUGCUCACAAGUGUCAGAGACGAGAACAAGCCAAUGGAGAGGUGCGGCCUUGUGCGCUUCCCCACUGCCGAACCAUGAAAAAUGUCCUCAAUCACAUGACACACUGUCAAGCUGGAAAAGCCUGUCAAGUUGCCCAUUGUGCAUCAUCACGUCAGAUUAUAUCCCACUGGAAAAAUUGUACACGUCAUGAUUGCCCUGUGUGUCUCCCACUGAAAAAUGCCAGUGACAAGAGGAACCAACAGCCACUCCUUGGAUCUCCAGCUGGUGGAAUACAGAACUCAAUUGCUUCUGGUACAGGUCAACCAACAACUACUCCCCUAAGUAACCCUAACCCAAUUGACCCCAGUUCCAUGCAGCGUGCUUAUGCAGCUCUUGGCCUGCCCUAUGGCAACCAGCCACAGGCUCAGUUGCAGCCACAAGUACAAGGCCAACAACCUGCCCAGCCUCAGCCCCAUCAGCAAAUGAGGACCAUCAGUGCUCUGGGAGCUAAUCAAAUGAAUCUGGCUGCAGGGGGAAUAACAGACCAACAAGCUAGCAUGAUCCCAGAAACUGCUCUUCCAACUUCACUUGGGGCAGCAAACCCCUUAAUGAAUGAUGGCACAAAUUCUGGCAGUGUUGGAAAUCUCAGUGGCUCUAUGCCAACAGCUGCACCACCUUCAAGUACCGGGGUGAGGAAAACCUGGCAUGAGCAUGUCACACAGGAUCUACGCAAUCACUUAGUACACAAACUUGUGCAAGCUAUCUUUCCAACUCCUGACCCAGCAGCACUGAAAGAUCGCCGGAUGGAGAAUCUGGUGGCUUACGCUAGGAAAGUAGAAGGGGAUAUGUAUGAAUCUGCUAACAGUAGGGAUGAAUAUUACCAUUUGUUGGCAGAGAAAAUCUAUAAAAUACAAAAGGAACUAGAGGAAAAACGCAGGUCUCGUUUACAUAAACAAGGAAUCUUGGGUAAUCAGUCAGCCUUGCAGGCCCCCGGGACUCAGCCUCCUGGCAUUCCACAGGUGGCAGCAACCAUGGGACAACCACAGCCUGUGAGACCUCCUAAUGGACCGAUGUCCAUGCCAAAUGUGCCUAUGAGCCGCAUACAGGUUUCUCAAGGAGUGAAUCAGUUUAACCCCCUGUCCAUAGGGAACGUCCAAAUGCCUCAGGCAUCUCUAGGACCUCGUGCUGCUUCUCCAAUGAACCAUGCCGUCCAGAUGAGUAACAUGAGCUCCGUUUCAACGAUGGCUCUCUCUCCUUCCCGGAUGCCUCAGUCACAGAAUAUGAUAGGAGCUCAUUCCAACAAUUUGAUGGGUCAGGCCUCUACCCAAAAUCAGUUCCUGCCUCAGAAUCCAUUUCCUGCCUCCAGCGGAACUCUGAAUGUCAGCAGUGUAGCCCUAGGGCAAUCAACAGCCCAGCCAGGAGUAUCACAGCAGGGGCAAGUUCCUGGUGCUCUUCCUAACCCCGUGAAUCUACUAGGACCACAAACCAGCCAGCUCUCCUGUCCUCCAGUGACCCAGCCUGCCCUUCAUCAACCUGCACCGCCUUUAUCCACUCCAGCUGGCAUGCCUCCUGUUCAGCACCAGACCCCACCAGGUGUGACGCCUCCACAACCAGCUGUGCCUGCCCAGCCAUCCACCCCUGUCUCCUCUUCAGGACAAGUGCCCGCUCCAGCAGCUGGCACAGUUCCAAAUGCUGGCAUGCAGAUGCAGAGCACACCUUUGGGGCAAGUGGCUGUAGCACAGGCUCACAUUACACCACAGCAGCCGCAGACCCCAGGACAGCCCCCGUCUGUGCCAACCCCACAACCAGCUCAGCAGCAGCCAAUGUCAGCUCAGGCCCCAGGCACUCCACUCUCCCAGGCAGCGGCAGCAAGCAUGGACAACAGAGUGCCUACUCCAGGUUCUGCUGCCAGUGCUGAUACCAGUGUGCACCAACUUGCACAUGAGGCACAGAUGCAAGAGAACAAGCCAGAGGUUAAGACUGAAAAAGCUGAAUCAGAAUGUGGAGAUACUCAAAUGGAGCCAAAGCCUGAGCUAGAGGAGGACAUCCCAGGACCUACACAAACCAAAGAAGACACUAAUGGCAUAGAGAGCAAGCAGGAACUGAUGGAAAUAGAAGGGAAGAAACCUGAGAUCAAAGAGGAUGAUGACAGUGGUAGUAAUGGUGCCACUUCUCAAUCAACUUCACCAUCUCAGCCACGGAAAAAGAUCUUUAAGCCUGAAGAGCUGCGCCAGGCACUCAUGCCCACCCUGGAAGCUUUGUAUCGCCAGGACCCUGAAUCUCUGCCUUUCAGGCAGCCUGUGGACCCUCAGCUGCUGGGCAUUCCGGAUUACUUUGACAUUGUGAGGAAUCCCAUGGAUCUUUCCACAAUCAAGCGCAAGCUGGAUACAGGACAGUACCAAGAGCCAUGGCAGUAUGUGGAUGAUGUCUGGCUAAUGUUUAAUAAUGCCUGGCUUUAUAACCGCAAGACGUCAAGAGUCUACAAAUUUUGCACUAAGCUUGCAGAGGUCUUUGAACAAGAAAUUGACCCCGUUAUGCAGUCUUUGGGAUACUGUUGUGGACGCAAGUAUGAAUUUUCUCCUCAGACCUUGUGCUGCUAUGGGAAACAGCUGUGUACUAUUCCACGGGAUGCAGCCUACUAUAGUUACCAGAAUAGGUAUCACUUCUGUGAGAGAUGUUUCACUGAAAUCCAGGGGGAAAACGUUACCCUGGGUGAUGACCCUGCCCAGCCGCAAACAACAAUAUCAAAAGAUCAGUUUGAGAAGAAGAAAAAUGAUACAUUGGAUCCAGAGCCUUUUGUAGAUUGCAAAGAAUGUGGUCGAAAGAUGCACCAGAUCUGUGUGUUACAUUACGAUAUUAUUUGGCCUUCAGGCUUUGUGUGUGACAACUGCUUGAAGAAAACUGGCCGAACACGAAAAGAAAACAAGUUCAGUGCCAAAAGGUUACAGACCACCCGCUUAGGAAACCACCUGGAAGAGAGGGUUAAUAAAUUUUUGCGAAGGCAGAAUCACCCAGAAGCUGGAGAAGUCUUUGUCAGAGUAGUAGCCAGUUCAGAUAAAACUGUGGAAGUGAAACCAGGAAUGAAAUCUAGGUUUGUAGAUGCUCGUGAGAUGGCCGAUUCCUUCCCCUACCGAACAAAGGCUCUCUUUGCUUUUGAAGAGAUUGAUGGUGUGGAUGUGUGUUUCUUUGGCAUGCACGUGCAGGAAUACGGGUGUGAUUGCCCACCUCCAAACACCAGGCGUGUGUACAUCUCCUACUUAGAUAGUAUUCAUUUCUUCCGCCCAAGAUGCCUCCGGACUGCAGUUUAUCAUGAGAUCCUUAUUGGGUAUCUGGAAUAUGUCAAGAAACUGGGGUAUGUGACGGGUCACAUCUGGGCCUGCCCGCCUAGUGAAGGGGAUGACUACAUUUUCCAUUGUCACCCUCCCGACCAGAAAAUCCCCAAGCCCAAGCGGCUGCAGGAGUGGUACAAGAAGAUGCUGGACAAGGCCUUUGCAGAGAGGAUCAUUCAUGACUACAAGGACAUCUUCAAACAAGCAACUGAGGAUCGGCUGACAAGUGCCAAGGAGCUGCCUUAUUUUGAGGGCGACUUUUGGCCCAACGUGCUAGAAGAGAGCAUUAAGGAACUGGAACAAGAGGAGGAGGAAAGGAAAAAGGAAGAGAGCACAGCCGCCAGUGAAACCACAGAGGGAAGUCAGGGUGACAGCAAGAAUGCCAAGAAAAAGAACAACAAGAAAACUAAUAAGAAUAAGAGCAGCAUUAGCAGAGCCAACAAGAAGAAACCCAUCAUGCCCAAUGUCUCCAAUGACCUGUCUCAGAAACUCUAUGCCACUAUGGAGAAACAUAAGGAGGUCUUUUUUGUGAUUCACUUGCAUGCUGGACCUGUCGUCAACGCCCUGCCCCCCAUUGUGGACCCAGAUCCAUUACUUAGCUGCGACUUGAUGGAUGGCCGCGAUGCCUUCCUCACUUUGGCCAGGGACAAGCACUGGGAGUUCUCCUCGCUGCGCCGCUCCAAGUGGUCCACGUUAUGUAUGUUGGUGGAGCUGCACACGCAAGGGCAAGACCGCUUUGUCUACACGUGCAAUGAGUGCAAACACCACGUGGAAACAAGGUGGCAUUGCACCGUCUGUGAGGAUUAUGACCUCUGCAUUAACUGCUACAACACCAAGAGCCACGAACACAAGAUGGUGAAGUGGGGCCUGGGCCUGGAUGACGACAGCGGCAGUCAAGGCGAGCAGCAGUCGAAGAGUCCCCAAGAAUCCCGGCGCCUCAGCAUCCAGCGCUGCAUCCAGUCCUUGGUGCACGCAUGCCAGUGCCGCAACGCCAACUGUUCACUGCCGUCCUGCCAGAAGAUGAAGCGGGUUGUCCAGCACACCAAGGGCUGUAAGCGGAAGACUAAUGGAGGCUGCCCAGUCUGCAAGCAGCUAAUCGCCUUGUGCUGCUACCAUGCCAAGCACUGCCAAGAGAACAAAUGCCCGGUGCCCUUCUGUCUCAACAUCAAACACAAGCUCCGGCAGCAGCAGAUCCAGCACCGACUGCAACAAGCGCAGUUGAUCCGCCGCAGGAUGGCCACCAUGACCACCCGAAAUGUGCCUCAGCAAAGUUUGCCUUCUCCUACCUCAGCAACGCCCGGGACCCCCACACAGCAGCCAAGCACCCCGCAGACCCCACAACCCCCACCUCAGCCUUCCCCUGUAAACAUGUCACCAGCUGGCUUCCCUAGUGUAGCAAGAACUCAAGCACCUCCUCCCCUUUCCACAGGCAAGCCUGCCACACAGGUGGCUGCACCGCCCCCACCUGCCCAGCCUCCCCCAGGAGCCGUGGAAGCUGCGCGACAAAUUGAAAUAGAAGCUGCGCAGCAGCAGCAGCAGCAGCAGCAGCAGCAGCAGCAGCAGCAGCAGCUCUACCGGGUCAACAGCAAUGGCUUGCCUCCUAGCCGAACGAGCAUGGUGAGUCCAACAGUAGGAGCAGUGAACCCCAUGCAACAGGUUAGCAUGAAUGUCCCCCGGCCCAACUCUGUGAGUGGCCCAGUGAUGCCCUCCCUGCAGCCAGGGCCAUGGCAGUCACCUCCUAUGCCAACCCAGCAACCACCCCUACAGCCAGGAAUGGCAAGACCAGUUCUGCCAAUGCCAGCCCAGCAAGCUGUGGCCGGUCCAAGAAUGCCAGGGGUGCAACAGUCACCCCGUAACGUCCUCCCCAAUGCUUUGCAGGAGUUACUACGGACCUUGAAAUCACCCAGUUCCCCUCAGCAGCAGCAGCAGGUGCUCAAUAUUCUGAAAUCCAACCCUCAACUCAUGGCAGCUUUUAUAAAGCAGAGAACAGCCAAAUACGUAGCAAACCAGCCUGGCCUACAGCAGCCCCAGCCUGGCCUGCAGCAGCAGCCCCCGCCCCCUCCCGCAGGGCUGCAUGCGCAGUCUGGCUUGCCGAACAUGAGUGCAAUGCAGGCAGGUGUCCAACGGCCAGGCGUUCCUCCCCAGCAGCCAGGACUGGGAAGCUUGAACACAGCACAGGGCCAGCCCAUCAAUAUCAUGAACCCAGCUCACAGCCCUAGCAUAGCCAGCAUGAGCCCCCAGUACAGAGAGAUCCUACGAAGGCAGUUACUGCAGCAGCAAGGAGGUGCUGCGAUGGCAGCUCACAAUCAGUUCCAGCAGCCUCCAGGUCCUGGUGGCUAUUCACAAGCCAUGCAGCAGCAGCAGCAGCAGCAGCAGCAGCAGCAGCAGCAGCAGCGGAUGCAACAGCAGCAUCUCUCCAUCCAAGCAGGAGCCAUGGGCCAAAUGGCUCAAAUGGGACAGCUGAAUCCAAUGGCACAGCCUGGGAUGGGGCCAGACAGCAGCCCCAGCAUCCAGCAAGCUCUGCAGCAGCGGAUCCUGCAGCAGCAGCAGCAGCAGCAGCAGCAGCAGCAGCAGCAGCAGCAGCAGCAAGUGAAGCAGCAGAUGGGAUCUCCCAGCCAGGCCAAUCCCAUGAGCCCUCAGCAGCAUCUGCUCUCAGGACAACCCCCAGCACCGCACCUCCCUGCACAACAGAUGAGUGCCUCUCUCAGCAGCCAAGUGCGGUCACCAGCACCUGUCCAGUCCCCGAGGCCUCAAUCCCAGCCUCCACGUUCCAGCCCUUCCCCCCGAAUACAGCCCCAGCCUUCUCCUCACCAUGCCUCACCCCAGACUGGUUCCCCCCACCCAGGCCUUGCUGUUACUAUGGCCGGCUCCAUGGACCAGGGGCACCUGGGCAACCCUGAGCAGAGUGCAAUGCUUCCGCAGCUCAACCCCCCAAACAGGAACGUGUUACCGAAUGAGUUAUCCUUGGUUGGCGACACUACAGGAGGAGACACACUAGAAAAGUUUGUGGAGGGCUUGUAGCAUUGCGGGGACAUCGCUUCAGUCCCUCUCAUGUUCCUGGACAUUUUGUACUGAAAACACAGACCUCUAGCUUGAGCUAAACCCUACGUGGGACUGGUUCGUCCUACAUACAUGGAAGGAUGAAUUGCUGUUUAAAAACAAAAACAAAGAAUAUAUAUUUUUUGUUAAAACCAGCCAGAUGUAGUUAAACUAUCUGGUCUCCCCCCCUCCCCCCCCUUUUGUUGUUGUUCUCGUUGUGGGUUGUUUUGGGGGGGAUUUGUUGCUGUUGUUGCUGUUUUUUGUUUUGUUUUUUUAGUUUUGUUGUUACUGUUGAUUUUGCUUUUUUAAAGGGGAAAACAAGUCCAUUAUAUCCCUAUUUUUAUUUGUACUUUCAAGACUAAACAUUUGAGUUUAACAAAGAAGAAAAAUAAUAUUCAGAAACUGUUUCCUGAAAUAAUGCGGUGUUCUAAUGUAUCCUGCUAACUUUCUGACAUUUGGCAGAAAGAUUUUUUUUUCCUAUUCUAUACCGAACUCUGCAGGUAUCUGAAGUAUUAUUACCCCUGGAAAAAUAGGAAUUGACUCUUGCACACACAAACACAUGUUGCAGAUGUAGAGAUUGUUGCUUUGUUCCUCUGAUUAACUGGUUUUAGAUUUUCAGAACAAGAAACAAAACUAAAAAACAGGGAUGAUCACUUCUUAGGCCAUGCUAAUUUUAACAGGGAAGAAGCGUAUUCUUUUCUUUAAUCUUUGAUGUGAAACUUGAAAUAAGGAAAAGCAAUUAUAGUGUAAAUCAUGCAAGCUCUAUAAUUACUAUAAAUAUGAAAGAAAUUCAAGAUUCAAUCACUGUAUAGAAUGGGGGGAAAACAAACUCAUUUCUUACUUCUAUAGCAUAUUGUUAAAUAAACUGUGUGCAACAGACAAAAAAGGGUGGUCCUUCUUGAAUUCAUGUACAUGGUAUUAACUUAGUGUUUGGAAUUUUUGUUAUGAAAAAUGCUGUUUUCAACAUUGUAUUUGGACUAUGCAUGUCUUUUUCCAUUGUAUAUAAAGUAUUGCUUAAAAGUGAUAUAAAUUACUGAAAUUUUUAA